AUUUGGAUGAAAAGUAUGCAGAAUUUAAAAAUGAUUUAAAUUUACGUAUGGAUAACAUCACAACAGAACUGAUGGAAAAGUACAACGUGUUGGAAGAAAAUUAUUUAAAAAUAGUAAAAAAUAAAGAAACCGAAAGGAAAUCAAAUAGUGAUUUAAAUUUAUGUAUGGAUAACAUCACAAUACAAUUAUCGAACUGCAUAGCUUACGAAGCCUACGAAAAGAAAUCAUUAUUUGAUGUACGUAUUGAUCAGCUACCAGAAUUUAAAAAAGAGCACUGCCAACCGGACUCUGAACCAACAGAUUGCAAAUCAGCUACCAAGUGCACUCAUAAGAGCGGUUAUUACAAAAUAUAUUUACCUGGAAAUAAAGCAAAACAAAUUAUGGUAUUUUGUGACAUGGAAAUUGCUGGUGGUAAUUGGAUGCAUAUUUUAAGACGAAUUGAUGGUUCGGAAAAUUUUACACGUCCUUGGUCUGACUAUGUACAUGGAUUUGGUAAUGUGGAGGGCGAGUACUGGAUAGGUUUGGAAGAUCUAAAUGCCCUCACUAACAAAAAUGGUCGACAGGCAUUAUAUGUUCAUUUAGAGAAUGCUUCAGAGGUGACUGGUUAUGCUUUGUAUGAUAACUUUUUAGUAGGAGAUGUCACUGAAAUAUACAAACUAAAGUCUUUAGGCACAUACGAUGGAUCAGCUGUAGAUGCGAUGUCGCAAUUUUUAAAUAACAAAUUUAGCACCUUCGACAACGAUAAUGACGAAUUGAAAUCUGGCAAUUGUGCUGAGAAUAAAAAAGGCGGAUGGUGGUAUAAUGCAUGUGGAUUUGCAGAACCUACUGGUAUUUAUCGAAAAACCGAUGGUGUGAGAUGGGAAAACGAGAAAUCAGUAACAUAUUUUUCUAAAAUCAUGUAUUUUAUGAUACGAAGUUUUUAAAUAUUUUAGUUAACUUUUAACAAAAUGUAUGAUUUUUUUUUUAACAAAAAUAAAUUCUACUUACUUGUUUGUAUCAGCCCUACAUGGUUGUUAUUCAUCGAAA